AAGAAAUACGAAAUCACGGGUUGUCAAGUAGAAGCAAGAAUGAGUCUGAUCAACAAUCUUUCGAGCACACACUGGCAGGAAGUAGGAAACUCAUCUAGUGAUGGUCUAGAAUUUAAAGAAUACAUUAUCACACGUUCCCAAAAAGACGGAAGCGUUUAUAAAUACGCUGUCCGUGCCGCUGACGAUAACGACGCCCCUCCGAGGAUAUUUCAUUUGGAGGGCGGUGACGAGAGGAAAGACCCGCUGAAAGAAUACCGCAUGUUGGAGAUCGUGACGCGCGCGGAUGGAAACAAGGUCUUUAUAACUGGGAUCAGAAAUGGCGGAGAUUGCGUUGUGAAGAUCUGAUCACAGAUCAAGAGUCCCAAUCAUUUUGUCACAGAAAUGCACUUUAACUGUUUUGUGAGAAUCGUUAAUUGUGAAAGUAGUGUAUCUCAGCUUGUGUUUAGUUACGAAGAAAUCUCAUGGCCCAAGAAACUAAGUCUUGUUUAAUAUCUGCCUUCAAGAUUUACAUCAAAACUGCCUCGUUAUGCAAAUGUCCGUCCCUAAAGUUGAUACCGAAACGAGGCUACCAGUAAACUAUGCCUAUUGUUACAGCUUGUGUAACAUUUCAUAUUGAACCUUUGGACGUGGAUACAACUUUUUCUCUAUAUUUAACCUCUAGGUAGAAGUCGUGUGCACAUAGAGGUUCCUUUCCUUUGGAAGGGAACCUUUUUGCCGCAGGUAACACUGUAUAUAUGAGAUAAAUAUUUUCCUUAUUUCAUGUAAAGCG